GCUGCAGAUCUCUCCCACCCACAGAGGGGUGCCGUGAUGUGUUUAGCCCCAGCUGGGCACGUCUGGGGGGCCGUGCCAGCUGCUGUGUGCUCGGCCUGGGAAUGGAUGGGGCCCGGGUGUGAAGGAGGCAGGGAGGGGACGGCGCUGGCUCAGGCUGGAGAGUCGAGCGGCUGCGUGAGCAUGUUCAGUGGCGGGGGAGCAGCAGACUGCUAAGGAGCCGGAGCCAUCGCGCCGGCAGGCUGCACUGGCAAGCAGCCCCGGAGACGGGCACACAAUGGGCUGCUGAGCAGCUGCCGCGCAGGUGGCCAUCGAGGGGGGGCGCAGCCCGGAGACGGGGUCCCAGGCCACAUUCCAUCGCCGUGGUGAUCUGGGGCUGCGGUUGCCAGCGCCUGCGAUUGGUGGGAGCAGGGUCCUGCUCUGGCCUCGCAGGGUGCAGGGGGAGCCCGGGACCCGGCUGCCUGACAGCUGAGCAUGGGCGAGCACCGCGGGCAGCCCAGGCGAGGGAGGGCAGCAGGGAGCCCAGACGCCUGCCCCGGGGCUGGGGCGUGAGGGACUGCCGGGGACAGGGACUGGAGCCGCCAUGAGGGCCUGCUCACAGGGCAGCGCGGGGGCCGAGCGGCUCUCCAGCCUCCAGGUCUUUGCCAACAACUCCUCGCUGCACGGCAUCAGCCACAUCUUCCGGCACGGUUCACUCUCGCUGCGCCGCGUGCUCUGGGCCCUCUUCUUCCUGGGCUCGCUGGGGCUGCUGCUGCUGGUCUGCAUGGAGCGCGUCAACUACUUCUUCACCUACCCACACGUCACCAAACUGGACGAGGUGGCUGCACCCAACCUGACCUUCCCCGCCAUCACCAUCUGCAACCUCAACGAGUUCCGCUUCUCCCGCAUCACCCGCAAUGACCUGUACCACGUGGGCCAGCUGCUGGCCCUGCUCAGCGACCGCUACGAGAUUCGCAGCCCCCACCUGGCCGAACCCCAGCUGCUGGCCGCCCUGCGGGACAAGGCCAACUUCCGGAACUUCAAAGCCAAGCCCUUCGACAUGGCCGACUUCUACAAUCGCACAGGCCACGACAUGGCCGAGAUGCUGCUGCAGUGCAGCUUCCGUGGCACCGACUGCACCGCCCAGAACUUCACCGCGUCCAAGUGGAGACCAAAACGCUAUGCAAAACCAGAGUUAAUGAACAUAUUGCAUAAUUCAGUGGAAGAUUCAUAUAAACGUCUUAUUUAUCCUCUUCUCUGUAGAGAAUUCAGAUCAAAGUUAACGUCUGAUGCAGAGAAAGAAUCUAUAAUGAUGUUUGGAAGAAAUCUUCGACAGUUGCUUCUGACGAGCCCUGUGAGAGGACGUACUUUGAUGGGAGUUGAUCCUGGGUACAAACAUGGCUGCAAGCUGGCAAUCAUUUCACCAACCAGUCAGAUACUCCAUACUGAUGUUGUCUACUUGCAUUCUGGACAAGGAUUCCGUGAAGCUGAAAAGAUAAGGAGACUUCUUGUGCAUUACAACUGCAGCACUGUUGUGAUAGGCAAUGGAACUGCCUGCAGGGAGACAGAAGCUUACUUUGCUGACUUAAUUAUGAAAAAGUACUUUGCACCACUGGAUGUUGUAUACUGGUGCAAAUGUUUCAACGCGGCCCCUAUCUACUCCGUCCCAGAGGCUGGUCCAGAUUAG